CUCGGGAUUUCCUUCAGUAGAUUUGGGGCCGCUCAGUGGCAAUCGUCUCAGUCUAGUCUGUAGUGCCGUGCGUUACUCAUCACAGUGUUGUCAAUAUUUCCCACACCAAAAGAUACUCGAUCCGCAUGCAAGGCACCAUCAAAAAAGAUCAUGAAAGAACAACACGUCAAUCCAGCCUUUGUACUCGAAGAAAAGUACACGUACAGAGAAGAAAAUGGUCCGAAUAAACCGGUGGAGCACAAAAUCGAACUAAAAGAGAGCAAUAAAUCGAUAGACGAAGAAUUUGACCCCUUCAAGCACAGGACAGUUGAACAUCCCACCACAAAUUGGGAAACCUUCUUUCAUCUAAUCAAAGGAUGCCUGGGCACGGGAAUUUUGGCGAUGCCCAAGGCGUUUAGCAACUCUGGUUAUCUGCUGGGAAUACUUGGUACUCUAUUUAUUGGUUGCAUAUGCAUAUAUUGCAUUCAUAUACUCGUCAAGGCCGAGUACGAGCUGUGCAAAAGGAGAAGGGUGGGUAGUCUCACUUUUCCGGCGACGACCGAAGCUGCGUUUCGGGAUGGGCCCGCUUUUUUCCGAGCCAUGGCGCCUGUCUCAGUGCACGUGGUGAACAUCUUCGUGUUGGUCUACGAACUGGGAGCCUGCUGCGUUUACAUCGUCUUCAUAGCGGCAAACGUGCGGAGCGUUGCCAACGUGUACAUAGACGACCUCGGCAUUGCGGUCUACAUGGCGAUCUUCCUUCUGCCGCUUAUUUUCGUCAACUGGAUCCGCAACCUGAAGAAGCUCGCGCCUCUAUCGACUGCGGCCAAUGCGAUUUCGUUCGCCAGCUUCGCCAUAAUUCUCUAUUACAUUUUUGACAACGGCGUCAGUUUCGAGGGCAAAGACGCGGUGGGCGAAUUCGAGAACAUUCCGUUGUUUUUCGGCAUCGUUUUGUUUGCGCUAGAAGCUGUGGGAGUGAUACUUCCGCUGGAAAACGAAAUGAAGACUCCUCAGUCAUUUGGAGGCACCUGCGGCGUACUGAACGCGGGUUUAUCGGUGGUACUCGCCCUGUACCUCGGGUUGGGACUAUUCGGGUAUCUCGCGUACGGGAACCAGGUCGAAGGAUCAAUUACGCUUAAUUUGGUGGCCACGGACAUUUUAGCACAGAUCUUGAAGAUCAGCUUGGCUUUGGCCAUAUUUAUAACGUACACGAUCCAGUACUACGUUGCUAUUGACAUUACGUGGACACAGUACCUGAGCCCAAAAUUCGAAGGGAAACCGAGAAAGGAAGUUUGGGAGUACGUAACGAGGACUGUACUCGUUUUACUUACAUUUAUACUGGCUGUGACCGUCCCAGCGUUGGACUUAUUCAUCUCCUUAUUUGGAGCGCUCUGUCUGUCUGCACUGGGUAUAACCAUACCUGCGGCUAUUGAGACGUCAACCUACUGGUACACCAGGGACGGAUUUAGCUUUUAUUUUAUGGUCGUUAAGAACGCGGCGUUAAUAGUCUUUAGUCUUCUGGGAUUGGUUGCCGGUACCUACAUAAGUUUGCGCGACAUUAUCGUCGAAUUUUCAUAAUCUUAGAUUGUAACUCAUAAGUGAAUCAGUAUUAUCAAUCUGUAAAUAGUGCUUUGUUAUCAAUAAACGAUGUUUUCGACA